AAGAGUUCAAAUCUGGCGCUCCAUCAAUAAAUGAGAACCUCCCCCCGGGAGAUUACUAUAUUUUCGUAGCACUUUCCAUCGCACCACCGACCACGACGAGCCAUGGCCAGCAGCCUCCUGAGCAAAGUGUCCAUCGCCGUGGUGGCCUGCGCGCGCCGCUUCACGCGCCGGCUCCGGCGGGGCGGCAGCUCCUGCCUCGGUAGGCAGCUCGUGGCGGCUGACGGCGGUGGCGCUGCCGGCGAUCGCGGGGACGGCGGCGGCGGCGGGCGAGAGCAGGGCGCCCUGUGGCGGCGGGCGAUCCUGAUGGGGCAGCGGUGCGAGCCGCUCGACUUCCCCGGCGCCUUCCACUACGACAGCUCCGGCCGGCGGGUCGAGUCGCCCCGCUGCGGCAGCAGGAAGGCGGCGGCGGCGGGCGCGCUGUUCUGCCGCUCGUCGGACGCCGUCGACGGGGCUGUCACGGCGGCCAAGAAAGCCAGCUAAGCCUAGCUGGCUACCCAUCAAUGCUCCCGAUUUGCUGAUGCCAUGCAUGUUGUAGCCGUUGUGCCAUUCUUGAUCGGCCGAUCCUCGG